GCGGUGCCGGGCUUGAAGUUGGUGGCGUGCAGCACUCCUUUCAACGCGCGUGGUUUGCUAAAAUCCGCAAUUAGAGAAGACAACCCUGUGGUGUUUUUCGAACACGUUUUGAAUUAUUCCAACUCCGAUUUAAUUCCUCUAAACCCUUACACUUUGUCUUUGGAAAAAGCGGAGAAAGUUGCUGCUGGGGAGGACUUGACGGUGCUGUGUUACGGCCGGCUGCGGCAGGUUGCUGCUGCUGCGCUGCAGCAGCUGCAGCAGCUCGGCGUAAACCCUGAUUUGGUGGAUUUGAUCUCCCUCAAACCCUUGGACCUCCAAACCAUCAGAGCCUCCCUCAAAACCACCAAACGAAAGAGCAACAGCAGCAGCAGGGACUCAUUUGCUGCUGCCGUUGAAGCAGCAACGGCAACAGCAGCAGCAGCUCCAAAUGGAAGAAAGCAGCAGCAGCCUCAGCAGCAGCAGCAGCAGCAGCAGCAGCAGCAGCAGUGGAAACUUGUCGAGCUGAGAGCUAUCUUUGUCGAGUUUGCUGAGGUGCCUGGGCAGCCGCAGCAGCAGCAGCAGCUGCAACAGCAGCAGCAGCUGCAGAAGCAUCAGCAGCAGCCGCAACAGCAGCUGCAGCGGCCGCAACAGCAGCAGCUGAAGGAGCCGCAGCAGCAGCAGCAGCGGCAGCAGCAGCAGCAGCAGCAGCAGCAGCACAGGCAAGGAAGAGUUGUUUCUUGUGGAGAGCUUUGCGGCUUGGGAUCCGCGGACUCGCUUACACAGACUUAUUUGAACCCUACAGCCUGGCCACCAGCAGCUGCAGCAGCAGCAGCUGCAGCAGCAGAAGCUGCAGCUGCUGCAGCAGCAGCUGCAGCAGCAGAAGCUGCAGCUGCUGCAGCAGCUGCUGCACCAGCUCCUGCAGCAGCAGCUGCAGCAGCACGGGCGAGCAACUCUUGCUUCUUGUUUGUCUGCACGCUCUCUUUGGGAAGUUCUGCUAGCUAG